GCCCAAGCUCUAAUUCCCAAAUAGAGAAGCGUAGAAGCCAUUCCCAACUCGCGGUCAAUCCGUCAUUCGCCUGUCGCCAAAGCCAUUCCCAACUCGCAAGCCCCAAGACAGGAAGUCGGAACCCCGACCGUCGGCGCCAAGCCUUCUAGACACCGACCGACGUAGCCACAGCUGCGAGCCUGGAAGCCUGCGACGCUUCACGCUUGGUCGCUUCCCGACGACCAGACCGGCGCCCGGCCCUGCCCUUUCUCAGUCUGCGAUUCGCCGAUCCCGAAUCCCGAUUCUUCCCACAUCCCAGUCUUCCAUAAUCCAGCCGACCAACCCCUACGCCCCCCUUCCCUUCAGACUCGCUUCCUGAAUCUGGAGUUCCUGAUCUGCUUGCAGUUGAGGAAACAUCUGACAACAUGGAUUCUCACAUCGACCAUUAUGAUGUUCUUGGCUUACCCUCCGGUGAAGAAGGAUCCAAGCUUUCUGAAAAAGAGAUAUCCAAAGCGUAUCGUUCCAAAGCAUUGGAAUUGCAUCCCGACAAGAGACCUGAUGAUCCAAAUGCACACAUGAAUUUCCAAAAGCUGAAAACUUCAUACGAGAUUCUCAAGGACGAGAAAGCUAGGAAACUAUUUGACGAUCUACUCCGGGUUAAACACGAGAAGUCAAAACGCCAAUCUCACCAAGAUGCGAAGCGCCAGAAGAUGAUGUCAGACCUUGAUGCAAGAGAGCGUUCUGCGUUCCAAACAGAUGAUGACGUGGCGAGAGCCCGAGAAGAUGAAGAACGCAUCGCCAAAAAACUCAAAGAGGAAAUUGCAAGAAUCCGUGCAAUGCAUGCUAACAAAACCCACACUUUGGUGAAAGAGAGAGUAGCGGGGGAUCACGCCCAAGCUACUAGUAAGGGGGCUGUUAGUGUAGAUAAAGAGAAGGUGCUUAAAGUCUCUUGGGAGAAGGUUGGCGUGGUGGAUUAUACUGCACAACGGUUGAGGGAGUUAUUUGGCAAGUUUGGUGAGGUGGAAGACGUUGUGAUAAAAAGUUCUAAGAGAAAAGGGUCGGCUCUUGUUGUUAUGGCAUCCAAAGAUGCUGUUGAAUUGGUUUGCGGGGUUGUUUUGGGAGACCUUUCUAAUCCUCUGUUGGUUGUGCCUCUCGUGACGAUCAAACCGUCAGCAGCACCUCUGGUGGAGGACAAACUUGUUGGUGCAGGAUAUCAGGCGUUUGAAGAUUCAGUAUUGGAGAAACUGAGAAAGGCUGCCCAGCGACAAAAAAGCUAGAUACUCAAAUUCUGGUAAAGUCUAAAGAGAACCAACCUAUAAUGCGCGUUUCUUGGCUACUGCGUUCUGGCAUGCUCUACUUAUCAAAGAAAAAUCUCAUCCCAUGCGUGUCAAUAUUUAUCAGGAACUAGCUGGUUGUUAUAUCCCAUUUCCCAGUAACGGGUAAAAAGGUUGGCAACAAAUGGUCUCAAAUAUGCUUAGAAAUCUUAUCACUGAUGUAAUUUCAUUUUAUUUUGUAUUACUGAAGUUAGUGAGUAAUGAGUAACAUGCACUGCACAGCAUUUUUUAUGUCAAAUGAUAAAUACUGUAUAUUUGAUAUGUCAAUCACUAAUUAAAUAACUACUCCGUAUUAAAUAUAUUUUUGGAGAAAAUAAAU